AUGACAGGGAGAGCCGGGCCUUUGGAGGUGACCGCAACUCUCCCCCACGACCGUAACCUUGACCGUGGUCUGACAGCACCUCCCCAGAGGCGUGUAGCGCCGGAGGUAUCUGGACCAGCAGAGUCACAAGCGCGGUACGGAUGUGUCGAGGGGCCCACGGGCCUUGCGAGCCCCGGGAAGGGCGGCGGGGGCUCGCGGGCGAAUGUCGCUGCUGGAUUGGCCGCCAUGGAGAAUCCGAACCAAGAGCAGGGAAGGGAUAUGCCUGGUUCCUGGGGCAAGCCGUGGCUCGGGCACGGGACGUGGUACGGAUCUGUACAUGCUGUAUGUACAUGCUGUAUGUACAUGCUGUACAUGGACCCCUCCAGCCCCAGGAAUAACACCCCAAGACCAGGCGCUUCCCGCCUGCGCGACACGCUCGCGUUCUGGAAGGAUUCGUUGUGCCAUGCCCACCAGCUUGCCAUGCGGCGAGACGCUGCGCCUUGCGUGUCUGCGUGUCUGCUUGUCUGCGUAAUCCGGAAACGGCCCAAGAUUAAGCUCCGGCCGGGGGGCGGGAGCUAUCACCUGGGGCCCAUGUCCGAUCUAUCGCAACUGGCACAGGCGCUUGGCUGCGAACCCCUCGGGCCUCGGGUCCUGCGACCGCCAUCCUCUGGUGUUUUUUUCUUCUUUUGUCCUGUAUGUCCCUGGGGAGGGGCUGAAAGGGGGGUUGUGCUUGACGCUUACUACAUGGAGGACCCGUUGACAUUGGCAGAUACCUUGUCUUUAAAUAGUGUGAUGUGA